UUUUUUUUUGCGAGGCCAUUCUGUUUGCUGCCCUCUCCCCCCCUUCCCCCUUUCUCUUCUCCCACAACUAGAACCAAAUAUACCGAGGUGGGAUAACUCUGCAUACACCAGAGUAUCAUGGAUUCCCGCUUUAAGAUCCCAUAUUUCUCUCUCUUCGUUCUUUUCACCCUCUUCCAGCAGACCCAAGCCUUUGGCGCGGGGAACAUCGCUUCCAUAUCCCGUAUCGAAGGGCAAAAUUGGCGUCAUGGGGAUAUUGAAGAUGCCCUAUUAACUCUAUUCCUGGCCCGCGUUGCCGGUGGCCGGAAAUUUACCAAGCUUGAUGUGCAGCGCGUCUAUUUUGGAAACUGGCUGCGCGACUAUAGCCAGGCUGUCGACGUCGGAACGUUGAAAUACGUUAGUACCGAAGCCAUUCGCAUCUUGAUAUGGGUACUUGGCUUCCUCAGUUUCGGAUACGGAACCAAAGAGUUUGAGGUGACAACAGAGCGUCUUGGAUGUUAUGAACCAACGGAACACAUCGAUAACCCUCUUGGUUACGCCGAAGGGGAGGAUGCCCGAGAUUAUGACCGCAGACUGAGAGGCCCAGUUGAUGAAGAGCGUGAACUUUCCAUUGAUCCAAGAACUGGUCUCAAAAGUUAUAUAGCCUCCGAGGACCUGGGGAUUGCAACAUCCGCAGGCCUGGUGCGACAGGUUUUCCAUCGAUCUAUCCGAUUGGCUCGCCAGUAUGCAAAUUCGAGAAACGAUGAAGAUUUGCAUGAAGCUCUCCGCCUUCUCGGAACUGGUUUGCACUGCCUUGAAGACUAUGCGGCGCAUUCAAAUUACGCGGAAUUGAGCCUUAUCGAGCUCGGUGAAGAGGACGUGUUCCCUCACGUGGGCCGUGACACCAAAGUGGAAAUCCAGGGCGCUCAGGAAUACGUCUACCCUAUCAUCACAGGAACUUUUGGCGGAGUUGAUUUCUUCCAUUCCGUGCUUGGUGAACUAUCCGAUAAAGCGAUGCAGUCUGAAGUUCAAUCUCUGGAAGGCGUUAUGGCUGAAUCACAGAACGGGACUCCUUCUGAGAGCUUCAUACAGGAGCUUCUCGGGAAAAUCCCGGAUGGAUUGAUCGGUGAUACCGACGGCCAGGCCGACAAAAUGAACGAAUUCAAAUCAAAGUCGGAAUCUGCCAAGGAGGCCAACCGACAAGUUUCACCCCGAGAGCCCGAAGAAUGGACACGGUACUUGGACGAUGUGCACCAGCAGAUCUAUCCAAUUUUGGAGUGGCAUGACAACCUAAUCAAAUCUGUCAACAGUGCGAUUGAAAAAAUUCCAGUUCUACCGGAGCUGAUCGAGCAGAUUCAAGAACAGAUAACGGUAUUCGUCUUCUCUGUCAUUGCACCUUAUGUUCUCCCCAUUCUUCAGCAAGUGAAAGUUGAGCUGCAAACGGGGUCUUCCGAGGUCAUUCAAAGCAGCAAAGAGCAGCAGCAUAUUGUAUUUGACGAUGACUCCUCUUCCAAUCCGACGCACUCGAUGCUUUCGAAAGACCACUUUUCGAAUCUGCUUAAUGAGCCGGCGGGCCGAAUAGCUUCUCAGGUCAUCAAAUGGGUGGUGCCGCAGCUUAUGCAAUGCUGGGACAAUGAAGAUAUUGAUGUUGACAGAACGCUGGAUAGGAUAAUAUCCGGUGUCUUCCAUCACCCCGCCCUCCGCGCGUUCGGUGAAGACGGUGCUGCCGAUGUCCGUCAAACCAUGUUUGCCACUGUUGAGGAAUGGUGGGAUGGAAAAAGCGAGGAGGAGAGACAGGUAUUACGGGGAAGCCUAUCUCGGGACGGUGUACUCCAAGGGAAAAACCAUAGGGAGGGGGUUCAUGACUCGGGUCACGGAUGCGGCAAGCCACUAAGUAUUCAGAAAAACAAAACUUCCAACGAGAGUCCCCAAUCGGAUAACAGCAAAUUCGGAAGGCUUGCAGCGGAGGCCGCAGGUGGCGGUGCUCUUGGUGGACUUGUUGGUGGACUUGUGAGCGGCGUUGGGUCCAUGUUAUUGAAUAAUGGUUCCGAUACACACGAGAAUCGACCUCAACCGGAUGAUCAAGAGCGACAACGACCAACUUAUCAUGAUGACGACGAAUUGGAGCGACACGAGGAUCGUCCCGAUUAUGGCUAUGGCCAUCGACAGGCUCAGGGACGUUUCGAUCAUUCAGGUGGGAGCGAGUAUGUACAGGGUCAUUCGGAAUUCGCCGACAUCCAGUAUCGCGAGUCGCAGGAAACGUUGACCUACAGGCGCGAUGACUAUAGGAGCGAGCACGUCGACCGCCAUUACGAAUAUGAAGGCCGUCCCAGAUAUGAAGAGCAAACGAGUGAUUACACUGAAUCGCGCUAUGAAGAUAACCGCUAUUCCACGUACGAAAGCGCGGAGGGGGGCCGGAACGACGACGGCAGAUGGUCUCAGUGAGUGGAAUAUGAACCUAUCCGUACUUGACGUACGUCCCGCACAUAUGUUCUUGGUAUUGAUAUUCGUCAAGGGAAUAUGCACCUCGCUAUAGGCCUUCUCCAGACGUCAGCGACAGACAUGGGGGUGAUGAAUACUCUGGAGAGGGACAUGAGAGUUAUUCCAACAGCAACAGUGAGAGUGUCGAAGGUUCGUACGGAUACGGCGG